AUGCAUGUCGGAAUAGCCAAGGGUAGAAAUGAUGAAAAAGUGGGACCAGGUUUUGGGGAGAUGUCCCCAGCUAUAAAUAACAGCAAUAAGGAAAGUGACUCAAGGUGUGACCUAGAUUUGGAAGUGCAGAUGUAUCGCAGACUCAACUGGUAUGUCCUUUCUACAGCAUGGAUAUUCAACUCAAUAGCUAUAGGAGUGGGCAAACCUUUGUCUUCCAGUUGUAACUUGGACAGUGACAGCAUUACUGGAUAUCUAAGCCACCCGGGGGAUAUUAUUAUAGGGGGAACCUUCAUGAUCCAUUUGGAAAGAGUCUUCAGUGAUCUCAGUUUCACUAGUAAACCCCCAGAUCUACAGUGUCAGAUGUUUUCCACUGAUUAUUACCAGAACAUGCAGGCCCUUAUAUUUGCCGUGGAGGAAAUUAACUCAGAUCCUGAACUCCUUCCCAAUUUUACUCUGGGCUUCCAGGUUUUUGACUCCUGUUUUACAGUGCGAAAAGCCACACAUGGAACUCUUUCGAUGCUAUCAGGUGGAAGAAAAAUAACCCCAAAUUACCACUGUCAUAAGGGAGAACCUCUUGCUGGUAUCAUUGGUGACUCCGGGUCCUCACAAUCUAUUCUUAUGGCCCAAAUCUUGGGAUUAUACAGAUACCCGCAGAUUAGUUAUUUUGCCACAAACCCUACCCUUAGUGAUCGGAACCUGUUUCCUUCAUUUUUCCGUACCAUACCUAGUGAUGAGUUUCAAAUGCAUGGUCUAGCCCAGCUGGUCUUUCAUUUUGAUUGGACUUGGGUUGGUCUCCUGGCCAGUGAUACUGACUAUGGCCAGUUUGGGCUUCAGAUGGUAAAGCAAGAGAUUAUAAAUGGUGGCGCUUGUGUGGCCUUUGCUGAGAACAUAUGGACUAGCCAUGCCAACAGGAAUGCUCCUCACCUUGUUCAAGUUAUUAAAAAGUCAACUGCAAAAGUUGUAAUUGUGAUUUCAUCUGAUUUUGAUUUUGCAAUUGUGGCAGAAGAGCUGUUGAAACAAAAUGUUACUGGUAUCACCUGGAUAGCCAGUGAAGCUUGGGCAACCUCAAAGUUACUCUCUAAGGGACAAUUUAAAGGACUAUUAUCAGGCACCAUUGGCGUUGCCAUUCGUCGUGGACAUAUACCAAGGUUCACGAAGUAUAUCAGAAGACUCAGUCCAUCGCAAAAUCCUAAUGAUUCAUUCAUAAAGGAAUUCUGGGAGCAAACCUUUAAUUGUAAAUGGCAUAAUCAGGAAAAUGCAACGUCCUAUUUGGACAAUGUGACAUUGAAUGCAUGUACAGGAAGUGAAAAGCUGGAGGACUUGUUAAAUGAAGAAUACCAUAGAGUUUCCCUAAAUCUUAUCCACUAUAUUAAAAAUAUAAACUUCAACACCCCAGAUGGGAGUAAGAUCUUUUUUGAUGCAAAAGGGAACCCACCAGCUGUUUAUGACAUUGUGAAAUGGUGUGUGAAUGCCAACACACUGGAGCAGGUCAUUGUUGGGAGAUAUGACUUGAGUGCCCCUAAUGGCAAAACUUUGACUAUAGACGAUGAAGCCAUUAAAUGGAUCAACAGCACCGCAGAGGUCACUCUUUCUAAGUGCAGUCCAAGUUGUAUCUCUGGAUUUAGGAAAGUCAUACUACCAAGCAAACCCUCCUGCUGCUAUGAGUGUGCCCGGUGUCCCCUGGGACAGAUAUCAAACCAAACAGAUUCUGCAGGAUGCUAUCCAUGUUCCUGGGAUACGUGGCCCAAUCCACAUCAGACUGGUUGCAUAUCAAGAACUAUAGAGUUUCUCUCCUAUGAAAAUGCUUUAGGUUUAAGCUUAGCAGUAAUUUCCAUCUUCUCUUCUCUGGUUCCCCUUCUUUUUGGGGGAGUUUUUAUGUACCAUAAACAGACACCAAUUGUCCGAGCCAACAACUAUUUCCUAAGCGGCCUUCUCCUGCUCUCCCUGUUCCUCUGUUUCCUUUGCUCUUUAGGGUUCAUUGGUUACCCACAACCUGAAAUGUGUCUUCUACGCCAGGUGGCAUUUGGGAUGGUUUUUGCUCUUUGUAUCUCCUGUGUUCUGGCCAAAACCAUCACUGUUGUCAUUGCCUUUAAUGCAACCAAACCAGGCAGCAGGUUAAGAAAAUGGAUAGGAAUAAGGGUGCCAUACUCUGUCAUUGUACUUUGUGUGUUUAUCCAAUUUUCUUUGUGUAUAAUCUGGCUGAUUUGCUCUCCUCCAUUUCUUGAAUUUAAUACUGACACAAGCCCCAGCAUCAUCUUGGUGAAUUGUAAUGAAGGUUCAACUACAGCUUUCUGGUGCAUGCUGGGAUACCUUGGCCUUUUGGCCUCCAUAAGUUUCAUUGUUGCCUUCCUGGCCAGACGCCUCCCUGACAGUUUCAAUGAAGCCAAAUUGAUCACAUUCAGUAUGUUGGCUUUUCUCAGUGUCUGGUUGUCCUUUAUCCCGGCCUAUCUCAGUGCACAUGGCAUGUAUACUGUGGCAAUGGAGGUCUUUGCCAUUCAGUCUUCAAGCUGGGCUUUGGUAGUCUGUAUCUUUGUGCCAAAAUGUUAUAAUGUAUUGUUUAGGCCCAACAUGAACUCCAGAGAACAUCUCAUUGGGAAAAGAACAUGUAAAACCACCAGAUGA